AGUGAUUGUCUCAUGUUCAUUUUGAGUUUGAAUAUCUUAUUCUUUCAGGUGUUUUAGUGAGCUCCUAUAGAAAAGCCCAUCUGUGGAGUGGACGCCGGUGAGGAGUGGGUCACACACCGCCAGAGAGGAGCUGUCAGCGGGUAGCAGCUAGAAUUUCUCCGUCUACUUCCCCCGGUGAAGUCCCAGAGGAGGGACACGGUAGCGGGAUACACAAUUCCUUCGUAUUAAUGUCGGUUUAUCGUGUCGAGAGAAUAAUUUGACAAGCCUGACCAUGACUUCGGUAUGGAAGAGACUCCAGCGGGUCGGAAAGAAAGCGUCCAAGUUCCAGUUUGCUGCUUCCUUUCAAGAACUAAUGAUAGAAUGCACAAAAAAAUGGCAACCAGACAAACUGAGAGUGGUGUGGAUCAGGAGAAACAGACGUCACAGCACAAAGCUCCACAGCUGGCAGCCAGGGAUUAAAAACCCCUACAGAGGCCUGGUGGUUUGGCAGGUUCCAGAGAGUUUAGACAUUACUGUCACACUCUUCAAGGAACCUACUGCAGAGGAGUUUGAAGACAAGGACUGGACUUUUGUCAUUGAAAAUGAGACAAAAGGCCGUAGGAAGGUGUUGGCAUCAGCUGAUGUCAAUAUGAAGAAGUUUGCCAGUGCCACGCCGGCCCAGUAUGACGUAACACUGAAGCUCAAACCGCUGUCUAUCAAAGUGGUGGAAGCCACACUGAAACUGAACUUGUCUUGUAUCUUUCUUAAAGAGGGCAAAGCCACAGAUGAGGACAUGCAGAGUUUGGCCAGUCUAAUGAGUAUGAAACAGAGUGACAUUGGAAAUUUGGAUGACUUUAAUGACAGCGAUGAUGAAGUCGGCGAGGAGAGGAGGGCCAGCUUUGGAACUGGACAAGCCUCUCAUGUUACUGCUUCUGCCCCUUCUACCACAAGAGUACAUGAUCUGGCUUGGAGGCCUGCAAUUGAAUCAGGCCCCACAGUAACCUCAGAGAUGGAUUGGAAAACGUCCUCUGGCUCCACCAUCUCGGUCCCAUCUCGUCCUCCUCUGCCUGAACCCCCAGACCCCUCUGUUCCAUCCUCUUUACACACACGACCACCAAGCACUACCCAGCAGGCUUGGCCCUCCGCCUAUGCCUACUCAUUGCCAGCUUUUACACAUGCUCACCCUCCUGCACUUCCAAAAAUCUUCCAGCCCAGUGCCGGAUCAGUGCCCAUUUCAGCUCCUCGAAGGCCCCAUAGCUUCCACAGUAACUCCUCUCCAGCUGAGGGCUUGGAAACCCAGGCUUUCUCUAUCUUCACCCCUUCUAAGGCCCUCUCCACCUCUUCUCUCUCCUCUUCACCCUCUGAUCCAUCUCUCCAUCCUCCCGCUUUCUUUGAUGCCUCACAGACAGCCUGUCCCAGUGCCUGGAGAGCACAGAGUGUUUCUUCCUUUUAUUCUGUCCCCUCCUCCUCAUUCUCAGCUCCUCUCAAUUCCUUCCCGCCUAUACCUCCACCACCUCCUGCUUCCAGGCAGCCCAAAGCUCGCCUCACCUCUGUGGUGGAGCCAGGCUCUGCCCUCACCAGGCCCGCCAGUCUGCCAUCUGCCCCUGAGACAGCUUCCUGGCAGAGUGAAUGGAGGCCUCCUAAAUCUCAGGCCCCUCUAGCACAGCCUGCCCUCUCUCCUAAGUUUCUGCAUCUCUCUGCCAAUGAUCCUGGACAGCCUGCGGUGCUGCAGAAAAAGCAGAGAAUAGACAUGCCAUCUUCAUUCUCUCUGCCCACUGGUCAGUCUUUGGAGCAGAAACCCCAGGGAGGGUCUGGAUUUGUUCCUUCCUGGAGACCCCAGCUCACCCGUACAGUAGAGACCCCCUCACCUUCUCCUUUAAGUCCUUCAUCUGCUCUUGUGCUCUGUGGGCCUCCUCCUCCUUUUCAGCCUCAAAUAUCCCAAACUGCCAUAGCCUCCCGCAGUAACCAAGAUGCAGAAUUCAAAAGACAGUUAAGCACGCUGAGUGAAGAGGAUAACCAGUGUACAACAACUACAACGCCUGAUCCCAGAUCCCUGGCCAGCCGGAGGCCAGAGCCAUCCAGGGCUUCAGAACAGAAAAGAGAUGCACAUUUUGGAAUUGAGGUUGUCAAGGCAGUGGGACAUGAAAACAAGGUUUCACUACAGCUGUCAUGUCCAAUUGUUGCUGGUGCAGCAGAACUCCCAUCCGAAACCCAAAUAAAUAAUGCUGAGCAGCAGUUAGAAAAAGAUUCUACAAACAGGACCAUACAAUGGGAGGAGCUACCAAAGGCGACUACAGUAAAAUGUCCUACAGACAUGACCAUACUAUGGGAGGAGCUACCAAAGGUGACUACAGAGGUAACUAGAAAUGCAUCAGAGGAAGAAAUGAUAAAAGAAAUGGUCAGUACGGUCCCAUCGUUCCCUGGUGCUGCCAUGAUCACAAGUCUACCUUCAAUGAAAUUUGACACUGAUGAUGAAAUGAAGACAAAUACAGAAGUUGGCAUGGCAGAUCUGUUGCCACUAUGCCCAACGGCUAGCAGAAUAUUUGAAUUAACUGCUACUGCUAAACAAAGAAAUGAAUGCCUACUGGACAGUGGAUCUAUUUGGGACAAGCCAUCAAAGGAUAAUGAAAUUAUAACCACUGAGGGUGCUCUUCAUUUAAAAGGACAUGCAGAUCUAGUAGAACAAAUGGUGGAUAAAAAGUCUUCCUGCCCUAGUGCACAAUGUGUGUCAUAUUAUGUGAAGCCUGAAACUGAGUACAACCAGUCUACUUUCUUGGACACCUGUGCCAGUGUGACAAACAUUGCUGGCAUGCCAUCCAAAUUGCCCGUAAAAGAAGAAAAACACUGGCUUAUAGCUCAAAAGCCAGUCUGGGAGAAACAAUCCAAGAUGAAGGAAAUAUUCUGGCCAUAUGCAUCAAAGGAUGAUCAAAAGAACAAGAAAGAAAUGGUUUUACUGGUACCGUCUUGCCCCAGAGAGGCCAGAAAUCCAGGGUUUCCAUCUGUACCACAAUACAGUUUAGUUUUUUAUGGACCAAAUAUGGUGGAUAUUUAUCCUGGUUGUCCAAGUGUAUCCAAUAUACCAGGUUCACCAUCUAUCAGUGAAGUCAAUAACAGAUCAUGGAUAUCUCAACAGGAACCACUUUUGGAGAAAAAAUUGAAACCUGAAUUUGUUGUCAUUACAGUGUCACCAAAAGAGAAGGAUGAAAUUAAACUAAUGGGAGCUUUGUUACCAACUUGCCCAAAACAUUCUUGCAUACCAGGUGUCCCUUCAAUUCCACAACCUACUAUAGCACAUCAUGGAUCAGAUAUGAUGAGCCUUAUAAGCUGUUGUCCCAAAACCUCUUGUAUUGAAGGUAUUCCAUCAUUAAUGGAACAUUUGAGGAAAAGCUGGGCUACAGAUUACAAACCCUUAGGGGUAACACUGCCAAAACUCAACACAGUCAUGAUUGAAGAUAGACCUCACAACGAUGACAAGAAGGCCAUGUUAGCUUUAGCCCCAACUUGUCCAAAAGAAGCUUGUAUCCCUGGAUUUCCAUCUGCUCUGGAACCUACAGUAAUCUAUAAUGGGUUUAGUAGGGUCAAUCUCCGUCCAUCUUGCCCGGUUGUCUCCAGUAUGGCUGGUUUUCCUUCAAUGCAGAAAGCUGACAGCAAAGACUGGAACACUGUUCAUCAGCCAUUAUGGGAGAAGCAAAUUAAAAAGGAGUCUGUAUUACUACUCAAGAACAAUAAAAUGGACAAAUACAUGAAAGGUGUUGUUUCUCUUGCACAAAGUUGCCCAAGAGAAUCACUCAUCUCUGGCUUUCCCUCUGUACCUAAACCCAAAAUGAUUAAUGUUGUUGACAUGCCAAAUAUGGUCAGUCUUGCAAACUCAUGCUCAAAAGUAUCACAAAUACCAGGACUUUCAUCAUCUCAUAAUUCAAAAGAGUGGACAAUGAGCAGGGAGCCACUAUUUGAACCAAGAAUGAAAGAAAAGCAGGUGUCAUUGAUUGACAGAUGUGAAAGAGAUAAGAGAGCAAUGAAAGAAAUGGUUUCCCUUGUACCAUCCUGUCCAAAAGAGGCACGGACAUCAGGAUUUCCUUCUCAUCCAAAUCCCCUAACUGCGUAUUAUGCGCCAAAUAUUAUCAGCCUUUUAACAUUGUGCUCCCAAGUUUCCAAAAUACCUGGAUUCCCAUCAGUUGAUAUGGAUAUGGGAGUAGGAUGGGUAACAGAAAAGGGGUCAUUGCUGAAGAGACUACCAAAGAAGGGGGUCAUAUUUGACUCAUCAAAUGACAACAAAAAGAUAAUAAGGAAUAUGGUUUCCUGUGUACCAUCCUGUCCUAAAGUGUCAAGUAUUCCUGGUUUCCCAUCUAUUCCAAAUCCCAAAAUAGUGUAUUACGGCCUAAAUGUAGUCAACCUCCUCCCUUUGUGCCCCCUAGUUUCUAUCAUUAUUGGAUUUUCAUCAAUUGAAAGGCACAAAGAAGGAUGGGUUGCUGAACUGGGUUCAUUGAUGCACAGACCACAAAAGAACAUUCUGUUUAGGAUUAACAGCUCACCAAUUAACAUAGACAAACCAAACAACAUGCUUGCUUUGGUUCCUUCUUGCCCAGGAGCAUCAAAGAUUCCAGGCUUCCCUUCUGUCCCCCGAUACAAUAUGCUGAGUCUUGUACCUGUUUGCCCCAAGGUAUCCAGUUUGCCUGGAUUUGCAUCCAUUGAAGGGGGCUCAAACUUCCAAUGGCUUUUUGAUCCACACACUUUGUGUGAUAAGCCAUCAAAGGAGCCCCUUUUUGUGAUACACAGUCCAAAUCAAGACAGAGAAACUAUGAAGACAAUGUUGGCCUUAGCACCAUCUUGCCCAGAAGCAUCAAGGAUCCCUGGGUUCCCCUCUGCACCUCAAACUACAUCCAAGAUUGAACCCAAUAUUAUAAAUUUUGUACCUUGCUGCUCCAGCACUUCAAGUCUCACAGGAUUUGCCUCCAUGACUACAAUCCCAAGCACAGAGAGGCCAAAUGAAACAAAAUCAGUUUUGAUAAAGCCUCAGGAGAAGAGGGUAGAAAUGAUUAUGACAUGUGCUGGACAGGACCAGCUAUAUUGCUACAACAUGAAAAGCAUGGUGACAUUAGUGACAUCCUGCCCAAAAGAGGCCAGAGUACAUGGCUUUCCUUCUGCUCAAGUUGAAAACAGACAACCAAACAUGGUCAGCUUAUACACAUCUGCUCCAUGUGUUUCACGUGUCCCAGGUUUUCCAUCAGUAAGGAUGCUUAGCUCUGAAUGUAUAAAUAUACAAACUAGGACAACACACAGCAAGUUCCAUUAUGAGAAGCUGCAGAAUGAGAAGAUUUUUCUUAUUGCGAAAUUUCCAGCAAAACAUAAACAUGCACAAGAUGAAAUGAAGUACAUGGUAGCACUGGCUCCAUCAUGUCCACAUUUGACUCGAAUUCCUGGGUUCCCCAGCAUUUCACAAUUAAAUCCAACAGAGAAAGAAACAAUGACUGUUCCAUUCCCUUCUUCAACUGAGAAGCAUACAUCAAAAGAAUUGCCUCAUGCACAGUCAACUCAGUCAUAUCUCAAAGAUGCAAGUAUUCCUGGUGUUCCCUCCACAUCUUUUAGCAGCCCCAGCACAGCACUUGCAUUUGAGGAGAAAUUCAAAGGCGGUGCAAAGCAAAACAUAGACCCUUUUUUAGAUAACAGCAAAUCACAAACAGAGAAGAUAACAGCAGAGGAACCCCAAACAGUGAAGAAACCAUUGGACAUAUCACAGCCAGUGGGAGUCUUGGGUUGGGAAGUAUUGGAGGCAGAGGGAACAAUAACAGAAAAACAAGCAGAAUCCUCUUUGUCAGCAAAAGAGGAAGAGACCUCAGGAUUAGUAAAAGCUAUUGUGGGUGUUUUCCACAAAGGGUUUCACACACUCACUCCAGUAUCCAUGUCUCACAGUUAUGAAACAGUAGCAUCCAUUUUGGGGCCGUCUAGCUCUUCUGAAGUGGAUCACCAACCCAAGGCUGUCUAUGCUAUGGAUCUGAAAGACAAGACAGUGACCCCUUCGGAUGAGUUCUUUCCAUAUUUCAUGGACAACACUUCUCAGAUACAAAAGAUAGAGGGCCAGUUUGAAAAUAUUCAUAUCAAACACAACAUUGAAUAUCCAACAAGUGCUGAGCCUUACAUGUGGGACUUGGUAGGUGAUCGAUCAGCAUCUCCAUCACCAACUACCAACAGUGAUAAUGGGUUUUUGGUUUGUGCAAGCAUGAAGAAAUGGCCACCAUUGACAGAGGCAGAUAUCAAUGAAAUAUCAAAGGACGAGAUUGAACAAGUAGAGGAACAAGAGGCCGCUCUUGAUCAAUGGCAUACAAAGGAGAGAUCACUCACACGGCAGGGCUCUGUUCAAACUUUAGUGUACAUUGAAAGUUUGUUAGCAAGGCACCAGACUGAUACAGAACAGGAUGAGGUUAGAACAGUGUCAACUUCUUCACAGCUGGAUAAAGGCCCCCAACAAUCAAGCAUGGAAGACAUUUCUGCCACUUCCCUGCAGCCUACAUCAAAUGAGUUACUGACAGAUGCCAGUGUACAUAGAGAGAUACUCAUGGACAAACCAUCAGAUUUUCAGGACAUUAGUCAGGUUGGACCACAAGCUGACAUUGCUGUCCCUCACCGAGGCAGAAAGCCCAAGAGAAAAGUUCCAGAACCUGAACAGGAAGGGUCUAAUCAAGAAAAAGACACUGUUCCAUUACGACCACUCAGAAGGAAGGAUAGUUUAAGAGACUGCAAACAAAAAUCUGAUGGUUUGUCAGUCAAGCUCUUCCCUGAAGUUGUUCCAGUCCAGUCUGUAAGGAAAGAUGCUACUGUUGAGAUAAUUCUGACAAAACCUGCCACUGCCCCAUCUUCCAGCAUAAAGAAAGGAGACAGUAGCAUUCCUCUAGGUGUACCUCAGAAUGGUCAUGCCCAAGAAAGUGUUCAAGUAACACCAUACACAGGUGACCAUAGACAAAAAGGGGAAUCUGUGCAAAUAUCCAUGGAUGUUGUCCCUCCUCCUCGUGUGAAAAGAAGAGAUGGUAGUUUGCCACCUGAAACUCCACAGAGAACUGCCCCUUGCAAGCCUCUGAGGAGAAAAGACAGUGUCACUAGAGAGAGAUCUAUUCCAGAAACCAAUGACCAACAGGAUUUGGAAGCCCAAGUCAGUUAUGCUUUGAAAACAUCUGAUGCUGUUCUUCCUCAACCUUUUGAGAGAAGUUCUUUUGUCUCAGGUGCUCUUGAUCCUUUACAGAGCAUUGAUAAACCCUGUCAAACAGCCACUGAAAUGAUCCCAUCACAACCUGUAGGAAGAAAAGACAAAACAACCAAACAACACUCUCAAGAAACGUAUUUUGUUUGGAGUGGAUCUCUACAGGCAGACACAGAAUUGGUCUGCUCAAAGGACACAGAACAAACCUCUUGUACCCCGGAAUGGCCCAAGAAAGACAUUAAUACAUCUGUCCAGGCCUCUUCUCAUGUAAUUCCUCCCUCGGAAACAAAGGGAAUUGAGAGCAUAACCCCAAAGCCAGAACCAGAGAUAUUUCAUGUUGAGCAAACUGCUCCUCUAUCAGUUAUCAAGAAGAUACGUCUUCCACAACGUGGAAAGAGAUUGCCUUCAAGUAGAACUGGCAAAAUUGACAGUAACAAGGGAAUUAUGGCGCAAAAUUUAAAUGUUGCAAACAAAGAGUCUGUAAAACCAGUCCAGAUUGAGAACACUGUUAAGGGUGAUAUGGAAGAAAUAAAGCAGUCGAAUAUAGCUUGUGACACAUCUGUUGAUACGAUCAACAUCACAUCUUCUCAGAAAUCAGAGGAUGCAUCAGAGAUAACAGAGGCAGAUGAGGACAAACAUACAACUCUUCAUAUCCAAAGGCCUUGUGUAAGGAAACGCCUCAGUGGCUCUUUCCCAGAUGACGUUACAGCUACUGAGAGCACAUCUAAGGCUUCCCAUGGAGAAGAGGCACAGGCAGCAAAGCAAGGUGGUCCUUCAUCCAUUUCCUCAACAGCUAAAGAAUUGUCAAAGGUGCAACACAGUACAGGCAUUCCCCCUCUUUCUCUGGGUGAUCAACCUUCUACAUCUACAGAAGAAGUGGGCCCUGUAAAGUUGAGGAGAAGCAGAUUGACCAGUGAGGGCAGUGUUCAAGUAGAGGAUGGUGAUAUUUCAGAGAUGACACCAGGAGCUUCAAGCUUGCCUGUACCAAAACCAAGAGUAAAGAAACGUCUCAGUGGUUCAUUCCCACAUGACAUUGCAAUUUCUGGCUCACCACCUGCCUGCCUGCCAGUCGCUGUAACUGACACCAUUGGUCAUGAAUCAGUCCAACAGAAUGAACAGUCAAGGUUGCCUGUUCCAUUACCUCGGGCCAAGAAACGUCUUAGUGCGACUUAUUCAGAUAGCACACCACCUGUAGACAAUUUAUUACCCCUAGAAAUUGAAUUCUCUCAGAGAAACCUAGAGGAUACAUCUGUCACUAGCAAGGAAACAAAGAAAGGCUCAAUAUCUCUGGAUUCAAGUGUGAUCUCUGAAGGAGGUUUUGUCACAAUCCAAAGAGAAGAUGAUGUUUCGUCAGAGUUAGAACGGGAAGUGCUAGCAGCAAUGGAAGAGGAAGAAUUUCCUCAGGCACUGGAUGAAAUCAUUGAAGGCUGGACCUUUACAGAUAACCCUGUUGUUACAGAUGACUCAGAGAAGGCAGCAGAGGCUGUGUCGGACAUUGAAAAAGUCCUGGAAGCAGAGGUUGAUAGGUCUCUUGCUUCCACUGUUGCAUCUUCUCAGGAUGACUGGCUGCAUGUUGAGGAUGAUAAAGACAGUGAACCAACUGAAAUAAACUCAAGGAAGGAAAUGAGGGAUGAAGAGUUGGACUUUGGCUUUGUGUCUGUAGAUGUAGUUGCUGGUUGUUUAGAGGAAGAAAGGCGAAGGGAGAGAGCAGAAGAAUCUUCAGGUCAGCCUGUACCUGUGCCUUGUGGCAAGAAGCGUUUGAGUGGUUCUUACCCAGACGACAGCAAGUCACAAGUUGCUGUCCUCCACCAAGCCAAUGAACCAACAACACCUCAGAAAAGACCUGCAGAUGGGGCUGCCUCUGAUCAGAGCCUUUUGGUCAGUCCCAUCUUAGUGUCAUCCAGUAAGUCUCUACUGGAAUGGUGUCAGGAAGUCACACAGGGUCACAAGGGAGUGAAGAUCACUAACUUCAGCACCUCCUGGAGGAACGGCCUCGCUUUUUGUGCCAUCUUACAUCAUUUCCACUCAGAAAAAAUUAAUUAUGAAAUGCUGGACCCGUAUGACAUCAAGCGCAACAACAAGAAGGCCUUUGAUGGCUUUGCCGAACUUGGCAUUUCCAGGCUGAUGGAACCUUCAGACAUGGUCAUGCUAGCAGUGCCUGACCGCCUCAUUGUCAUGACUUACCUUAACCAGAUCCGCACCCAUUUCACGGGCCAGGAACUCAGUGUGCUUCACAUAGAGAAGGAUAGCAGCGAGUCCAGCUAUGCAGUAGCAGGAGACUGGGAGAGCCAAGAGGACCCUGAGGCAACUGUUCGCUACUGCGCCCAGAGGCUCCAGGAGGAGGGUAUAAUUCUUGAGACUAAUGGGACUGCUGGCACAGCAGAGAAGGACAGUAAAUCCAGUAGGGAUGUGGUUCCACCUCCCAGAAUCAAACGGCUGCAGGUUGUUGGGGCAUGUGGAACUCAAUUACCAGUGGCACCACCAAGGACUCAUUUCCUGUCCAAGUCAGGUUUCUCUCAUGUCAAAGAUGCUGAUCUGGUCAAGAAGCGUAGGUCACAGCGGAGGAGUGGGUCACUGGAUGAAGGAGACAUAUCAGUGGUUGUUGCAGGGCAAGAAGACAGUGUAAUUACCCGGAGGAAGUCAGAAACUGAGAGAACAGAGGCUGUGGUUGAGGAGGGAAGACCAGAAGGCCAGGACCCCAGCCAGUAUGUGCUGAAUCAGAUGGAAGCCCUGGAAGCGGAACAAAACCAUGUUGAUAACAGAGCAGGUGUGGUGGAGAGGAAACUCAGACAACUACUGGAAACAGGCUGUGACAAGGUGGAGGAGGAGAGGUUGAUUCAGGAAUGGUUUAUGCUGGUCAACAAGAAGAAUGCUUUAAUCAGAAGGCAGGAUCAUCUGCAGCUACUGCUGGAGGAACAAGACUUGGAAAGAAGAUUUGAGCUGUUAAACAAAGAACUGAGGGACAUGAUGGCAAUUGAAGAGUGGCAGAAGACUCAGGCCCAUAAACACAGAGAGCAGCUGCUGCUUCAGGAGCUGGUUUCACUGGUCAACCAAAGAGAUGAACUGGUUCACAAUUUAGAUGCCAAGGAGAGAGGAGCUCUGGAGGAGGACGAGCGUCUGGAACGAGGCCUGGAGCAGCGGAGGAGGAAGUAUGCUAAACAGCAGAAAGAGAAGUGUGUGAUGCAGUGAUUCUAUCAACCUCCAGCAACGAGAGGCUGGCUCACCUAUCUAAAAGAAAGUGGAUCAAGACAAAACCAAGAAUGAGUGUUUGGUCCUCUUUCACCUGCUGUCAGAUUGACUGGUGUAGUCAGCAGGUGUAGUCAGCAGGUGUAGUCAGCAGUAAGAAGAAAUUUAGGCCAGGGCCGUCAUCACAGCUGAUCCAAGGAGGGUACUUCUGCAAGAGAACACACUAAACGAGUAUGAGGUGGCAGUGUAUUUCCAAUGAAGACUCAGAUGGUCCAAAACCAGAGUGGGGCUCUGCUAUGUUUAGACUGGUUUGGUUUUGCUUCCCUUUUGAGUGUCUUAAAAUGUGGCACUGGGCUCCAUUUUAUGAUCAAAGAUAAAGGAAACUGAAGUGGGCCGUAGAGUAAUUUCCACAAAUUCAAUGCAUUGUCCAUUUACCAAACCCUACAGGAUGUUCAGCACCAAGGAAUUUUGAUCCAUAUAGCAGAAGAGGCAUCAGUGCCUCAGAGAGAGCUGCUUGUACCUUUGUUGUUGUUGAUUGUUUGCUUUGCAGUGUCUGUGCUGUGGUUUUAGUGUCUGUCGUUACAGAUCAUGAUUGUGAAUGUAAAGUGUGUUUGAUUCAAAGUGUUUAUGAGACUGGAAAUGUUUGAUAAAGAUAUGAGCUGCCAAAAACAGGAGAGACUAGGUUUGACCAGUGUUAGUUCGCUAAGGCUGACAGCAGUACUGACAUGUUUGGAUAAGACCGGCUAAUAACCAAAAUCUAGUGCCAGUACAUUCAUAAUUACAAGGAUCCAGUAUUUCCUGAUGACUGCCACUGAUUGCAGGAUGAGAAAGCCUCAGAAAUACUCAACAAGUCCUCCGAACUGAAUGACAAAAUAUACUUUUCCUUCUAAACCCAUCAAUAUGAAUAUUUUUGGAUCUAUGACCCUUAUCAGCAGUACGACAUUGCUUAUCAGUGCUUUCCAUAACCGUUACAUGACCAAAAAUGAUUAUUAUGUCCAUUUUUUCCAAUCUGAAUAAGGUUUGGUUAAGUUUAAUUAGGGAUAGGGUGAGGGUAAGGAAAGAUUGUGGUCCGGGUUAAAAAAACUACUUGGUUAUGGUUAUGGAAUGAUUGUGGUCAUGGUCAAAGCCAAUGUUGAUCACAUACAAUCAAUGUAUGUACAACAACAAAUAUUGGUCCAGCCCUAGAGGAAACACUUUUUGAACAUACAAUUUGUCACCACAAUUGCCUUACUGUAGGAUGCUACAUUAUAAGUGGCUGUAAAAAACAAUGUUUUAACUGUUUAAAGUCUGCACAAGUUUUGUGCAGAUUUGGCCGCGAGCAGAUUUACUGAUCGUGGCGAUUCCAUUGGAAUUGAAUUUGGUCUUCCAGCCCUUGUGUUUGGUUAUGUUUGUUGUUUGCUUUAUUUAUAUAUUUUUGCCUAAGUUAAAAGUAGGUCAAUUUGGAAAUGAGAAAGGUAAAUCUAAUGUAGUCUGAUUUUCUUGUUUGAGAUGUUGAAAUGUUUACAUCAUAUUGUAUGACCACUUCUCCAGUGGAGCAAAUGAGAUGCAAGGGCGAGGAAAGCAGUCAUGGUCAUAGAACAGAUCAGAGUCUUCUAACUAACUUAUUGGAUUAAUUUAAAGUUUUUUAUUUAUUCAAGACAUAUAGAGAACUAGAGAAGCAACUACACAAAUAUGACUACUUUAUUGGUAUGUAUUUUCACCAUAUAGCCCUCAUUGUUGUAGCAUUUACUUCCAUUUGUGUAGAAAAUGUUCAUAUAGUACAGUAACAUUUAACCUCUUUGUAAAGUGAUACAGAGACAGCAUUCAUAUUCAAGGCUCUGGCUCCCAUUCUACUUUGGAGACUCUAGGAACUACAAGUAACCCUGCAUUCUCGGAGCAUAGUGUUCUAGUGGGGUAAUAUGGUACUAUGAGCUCUUUAAGAUACGAUGGUGCCUGACCAUUAAGAACUUUGUAUGUGAGGAGAAGGAUUUUAAAUUCUAUUCUGGAUUUUAUAGGGAGCCAGUGCAGAGAAGCUAAUAAUGGAGAAAUAUGAUCUCUUUUCCUAGUUCUUGUCAGUACACGUGCUGCAGCAUUCUGGGUCAACUGGAGAGUCUUAAGGGACUUAUUCGGGCAGCCUGAUAAUAAGGAAUUGCAAUAAUCCAGCCUAGAAGUAACAAAUGCAUGGACUAGUUUUUCUGCAUCAUUUUGAGACAGGAUGUGCCUGAUUUUUAGGUGAAAAAAGGCAGUCCUUGAAGUUUGUUUCAUGUGGGAGUUAAAGGACAAAUCCUGAUCAAAGACAACUCCGAGGUUCCUUACAGUGGAGCUGGAGGCGAGGGCAAUGCCAUCUACAGUAACUAUAUCUUUAGAUAAUGUGUCUCAGAGGUGUUUGGGGCCAAGUACAAUAACUUAAGUUUUGUCAGAGUUUAACAUCAGAAAAUUGCAGGUCAUCCAGGUUUUUAUGUCAUUAAUGCAAGCUUGAAGUUUAGCUAAUUGAUUAGUUUCAUCUGGCUUAACAAUGAAAGUUAAUGGAGUGUUUCCUAAUAAUAUUGCCUAAAGGAAGCAUAUAUAAGGUGAAUAGAAUUGGUCCAAGCACAGAACCUUGCGGAACUCCAUGACUAACUUUGGUGUGCUUGGAGGAUUCAUCGUUAACAUGUGCAAAAUGAGAUUGAUCUGAUAGACAGGAUUUAAACCUGCUUAGUGUGGUUCCUUUAAUGCAAAUUAAAUCAGUCUCUGUAAUAGGAUGUGAUGGUCAAUGGUGUUAAAUGAAGCACUAAGAUCUAACAAGACAAGUACAGAGACUAGUCCAUUGUCUGAUGCAAUUAGAAGGUAAUUUGUAAUUUUCACCAGUGCUGUCUCUGUGCUAUGAUGCACUCUAAAUCCUGACUGAAAACCCUCAAAUAAACUGUUAUGUAGAAAGUCACACAACUGAUUGGCGACUGCUUUUUCAAGGAUCUUAGAGAGAAAGGGAAGGUUAGAUAUAGGUCUAUAGUUGGCUAAAACCCCUGGAUCAAGAGUGGGCUUUUUAAGAACCGGUUGAGGACAAGACGUGACGACGAUGAUGACGUGAUAUUCAUGACAAUGACAGGAACAUUUCUAUGAGACAUUUAGGUUGUUUUUUCUCUUUUGCCACUGAUUAGGAAAAUGCAUUGAUAAGGUUUAAGUAUUUAAACACAUUCAGUGAAUUCUGUCAUUUAUUUUCCUAUUCAAGUCAUUGAAAUGUUGUGGAAAAUAACUACUUUUACAUUAUGCAAAUGUAGUUUUUGUGAAAUGAAAGGUGAAGAUGUGAAUGUUUCUGCAUGAUGCAUGCAAAAGCCAAAUCUUCAUUAGCACAAAAAUAACAUUUGCUUUAAGUGAAUUAGUGCUUCCAUCUCUUCCAAGAAUUAAAGGAUACUUCCUCGUUGUUUUUGCACUGAAGAGUUAUGUGUUUUUCUGCAGUACAAGGCUAUCCUGUAACAGUGACAUUUCUGGGCUUGAGAUGUUUUUGUCUUUUGUGUGAAAGUUUGCAGUUCUCAUGUUGCCAUAACUGCUGGUUGUAGCAGCUCUGACCUACACUUCUGUGAAUUAGUUACAGCCUAUCAAAAUGACUGCUGUUGGAAAGCUUUUAUUUGUGGUUUUUAUGUUACAUUUGCACUAUUUGUAAAGUUUGGAAAUUACAAAAGAUUUGAAUGCCUUUACAUCUCUUGCAGUUUUACUUAAUAGUAUUGUAUAAAGUCAUUAAAUCUAUUGUAUUAUACAGUAUUUCUGUCAGUAUAUCAUAUGAAUCCAUAAAGGUUUGAAGCCCAAUAUGAAGUAAAGGGUGAGGCUAUUAUACGUUUCUUUUGGCUAAAGGAGGGUA